GAACCCUGGACCAAUAUCAGCUCAACCAGCAGUCAGGCAGUAGCAGUGUGACGACAGCAGGCUGACGUUGCACAACCCACAACCAGAAAAACCUUUUUAUACCAAAAGGCCAGCCUCUUCCAGCCUCUAACAGGAUUGACCAGAGGCUGGCUUGUAAACAUCAGUCGGCGGUACUUUCUUUCUGUUCCUCUCUUCGCACAACAUAGGCCACAAUGCGCGACCACGAACCGGCACAUACGCCAUCCCAGCCCUCGACCGACUCGCCAUCACUGGUGGACUCGACAGAAUCAAACCGUUGGCACAAGACAGUGCAGUUUAUUCGCCUUGCGAUCAUAUGCGUGACCUUCUUCGUCGACAUUGGCAGCUUGGGAAUGUGCACCAUUGCGCUGCCCACUAUCAAGCACGAGCUUGGGUUUGAUGAAGGCUCGCUGCAGUGGGUCAUGACGGCCUAUGCACUGACAUACGGUGGCUUCCUUAUGGUCGGCGGGCGCCUCGGUGACACCCUGGGCCAGGGGCUUCUACUCAAGGUAUCCAUGGUUGCCUUCAACAUCUUCUCCCUGGUCUGCGCCCUGGUAUCGAAUAAAAUCGGCUUCCUCGUGAGCCGUGCCUUGCAAGGCCUGGCCGCCGCCUUCACUGUGCCCUCUGCCCAAGCCAUGAUUGGCCACAUAUUCCCCGACCCUAAGGCGCACGCCCUUGCUCUUAGCUGGUGGGGAGCCACGGGCUCAACAGGUUUCGUACUGGGGCCUAUCAUCGGUGGCUUGUUUACAUCCUUGGUUUCCUGGCGAUGGAUAUUCUGGUUUCCCCUAAUCCUCGAGGGCUUCCUGGCUAUCCUGACCAUACUGCUGUUUCCAAAUAAAGAGAGUUCAAGUCGGAAGGUCCUCAGCCUUGGCGAGAUCAUAGAGCGGUCCAACCCCGUCGGCACCGGGCUCUCGAUUCCGGGUUUGAUCCUUCUUGUAUAUGCGCUCACCGCGGGCAACCAAAGCGGCUGGUCCGAUGCAAGUGUCGUUGGGACAUUGGUGGCUGCUGUCGUCCUGCUGGCUGCCUUCUUUUUCGUUGAAAAGAAAUUGGCCCGGUUCCCUUUUGUCCCACGGCAUUUGUGGAACUCCAGCAGCCUUGCGAUUGGAUGUGGACUUGCGGCCAUCACGUAUGCAGUCUGGCAGGGUGCCAACUAUUUCCUCACCCUUCAACUACAGGGUCAGUCUUCACUUGGCCAUGCCUGUUGUGACGGUCAAAAUGGCCUAAUGUGCGAUACAGACCUCGGAUUUACCGCCCUGGAGACAUCUGUCCGCUUCCUACCCCUUGGUAUAACUGCUUUCAUGGUAAAUAUGAUCAUACCACACCUUCUAGCCCCUGUUGGGCCACAAAUCCUCCUCCUUGUCAGCUGGCCAUUCGCCAUAGCCGGUGUCACCCUGCUCACCUUUGUUGAGUCGACUGGUGACUACUGGCGGUUGUGCGUACCAGGCAUGAUCUUAUACAUUCUCGGGGUUGGAACCGUCUACUACGUGUCGAUGGUUAUCGUGGUCACGUCGGCCUCUCCAGAAGACCAGGGCUCUGUUGCCGGCGUUUUCAAUAUGUCGCUCAACGUUGGCGGUGCUGUCUUCGGUGUGGCUGUUUUAACCGUCGUCGCCAACAGUGUUACAGACAACACUGGCGGCCAAGGCUUGCUUGCUGCCCGCCUACGCGGAUACCAGGCGUCAUACUAUGGGGCCAUCGCAUGGGCCGUCCUGGCAACUGUUAUCUCAUCCUACAUGGCCUUCAGUCAUUACAACAAGAAGUCCGAGCGGAGCGAUGCCACUGUUGCCACUGCUCCCUCGACUGCCCCGACUCCCGUUCAAGUUGCUACAGACGACGAAAAGAAACAAACCGGGGCGGAAACUUUGAACAGGUAGAAUCGAGAGCCUUCCACCUUUGUGACUCACAUGGGUUGGCUAUCCAAAGAUGGGGAUAUCUUUGUGGCAACUUUCACACACAGGCUUGGGAUUUCAACGGUCCUGAUACAUAGGUACGCACUUUGAAGUCUGCACCAUUAUUCCUGCUGCCUUCAAGCACUUUUAUGGUAUAGGGUAGUUAUUACAUGCAUUAUAGCAUAACUGGAUCUAGUAUUGUCCUAGCAGUAUCACCGGUAAUAAGUCUAAAGAGGUAUAUUGGUUA